GAACAGCUGGACCGCCAAGCACCCGAUGACGGACCCUUUUGUUCCUCCUUUCUGCCACAGGUUCUGCUCAGAGUGCGUCCAGAUGGCCUCAAGGGGGAUAGCAAGCCUUCAUUUCGGAGCUGCGCUCUUUGUGUUCACAUUUCUGCCUUGCGCUGUCACAGGCACAGAACUAGCCAUCAAUGGCAAGACCACUGACUUUCGGCUGCCAACGGAGCCAGGCCUGGCACAGUCCCUCUGGUGCACAGUGCGGGAUCCCAGCCAGCCACAGGAGUUGCUGUGGUUCCGGGAGAACAAGAAGGUCAAACUGCAGGACGGGAACAAAGUCAACGCCAGCAACAUCUGCGUCUCCCCUGUCACCGUCGACGACAAUGGCGUCUCCUUCACCUGCCAGCUGGCCCGAAAUGCAUCCGCACAGAUCUCCGUGAUGCUGGACGUCAUGUUCGAACCCAUCCUAAGUGGAGACGAUCUUUCCUCUGUGCAAGAAGAAGAGGACGUGACGCUCAAUUGCCACGCAAGGGCGAACCCUCCAGCCCAGAUGAGGUGGUAUAAAGGCAACAGCUCCCUGACCUUGGAGAGUUCCCGUUACUGGGUUUCCCAGACCAGCGGGCUCUUCCAGCUGGUGAUUCAGAGGGUCCAGAAAUCUGAUGGCGGGAUAUACACCUGCAUGGCUGAAACUGACAGCAGAAACGAGACUUGGGAUUUCCACCUGGUGGUCACAGACAGGACGCUUCCUUUCCCAACCGAGGCCGUCAUCAUGGCAGCCGUAGUGGUUGUGCUCACGGCCCUCUUCGCUGUCGUGGCUCGGCGAGAGAGGAUCAUCAAGUGCUUCAAGAAAGAAAGCACAUCUCCAAACAACACGGCACUGUGAAGGGGUUAUCAUCUUGGAAUGACCUUGAAGGCCUCGUCUGCCACAACACAGACUGUAGAUCAUUCCUGUUACUAUGGGGAGCCCUUGGGUGGCUGUAGUACAGGCACCUCUCUUGAUUUAUUACUUAAAACAUUCCCCGCUUUCUGCCAUCAGACAGCUUCUCCUGCAUAUUCAGCACACACCCUUAGCUUGCAAUCACAUUUCCUUGUCAAAAAGGGGAAUUCAGACUUAACAGACUUCAAAUAUACUCGUAAGUUAAAAGAUUAACUUACCUCUCUAAUAGCCAGGCUGUAAAUAGGGGUGGCGACGGCCGACAGGAAGCUCUGGCGUGGGCCGGUCCAUGAAGUCACGAAGAGUCGGAAGCGACUGAACGGAUAAACAACAACAAAUACGUAGUAGGUAACAACGCUUCAGUACCAAAGCUGAGGUGGAUUCAUCUGGCAGCCAAUCAAAAAUGUGCAUUUACAGUGCAACCCUAUACAUGUCUACUCAGACAUAAGCCCUCAUUGAACUUACUCUCAGGUAAGCGUGCCUAGGAUUGCGGCCUCGGUGCUCUUGUCUCUGCCCUCUGGAAUACUCUGCCUCUGGAAUUAAGGCAUGCGCCAACGAUUGUGAGCUUUAGGUGCAUGUUGAAAAUGUUUAUUUUCAGAAUAUUUUUUGUUGAUUUGAGUUACCCUUUUGCCAUUAGUUAUUCUUUUAGAUCCCUGUACGUUGAAUUGUAUUUUAUUGUGCUGUAAUUCUGUUCUGGUAUUGUACAUCACUUUGAUAAAUAGUAUUGUUAAGCUGUAUAGAAAUUUAUUAAAUAAAUAAGGAUGCAAUCCUAUGCAUGUUCAGACAGAAAAAGUCCUACAAUCCUAUGUAUGUUCUUAAGCUACAACACACUUUCUCCCACCCCCACCCACCCCUUGUCUACCAGAAGGCCUGGCUGUCUAAUUCAUCCACAUGCACCCAGUAUAGUACAUGGUUCUUCUGCAGAGCAGGAAAAGGAAUGAAGGA